AGUUUUAGCGCCAUCUAACGGCCAAACAGGAAACUACAAAAAUACAAAAGCAAUAUGGCGACCGCCGGGCGACUUGUAUCAAGGUUGGCAGUGGUGACGGGUGGCGGUAGCGGAAUUGGUCGCGCCGUGUGCCAGCGUUUGGCCUCCGAGGGCGCCUCCGUGGUAGUCGCUGACAUCAACGAGGCGUCGGCCAAUGAGACGCUGCAAAGCUUGCCAGGUGACCUCAGGGGUCAAGCACACAUGGCUGCGGCGGCGAACGUGGCGUCAAAAGAGAGUGUGAAGACUCUGCUCACAAGCAUCCAAGCUCGCUACUUCCAGCCGCCCUCGGUGUGCGUGAAUGCGGCAGGCAUCACCCUGGACAACUUCCUGCUAGACAUGGAGGAGGAUGACUUUGACAAGGUGGUCCAGGUCAACCUGAAGGGCUCCUUUUUGGUCAUACAGGCGGUUGCUCAGGCCCUGGUGGCCUGUGGAGCCACCAAAGGAUCCAUCAUUACUCUGGGAAGCAUUGUGGGCAAAGUGGGAAACAUAGGACAGGUCAAUUACGCCGCCUCAAAAUCCGGAGUACAAGGUUUAACUAUGACGGCCGCCAAGGAGCUCAGUAGGUAUGGGAUUCGGUGUAACUGCGUGCUGCCAGGGUUCAUAUCGACACCCAUGACGGACGCGGUGCCCGAGAAAGUGAUCAGCAAGAUGAAAGCUUUGAUACCACUGAGAAGAAUGGGAGAAGCUACAGAGGUUGCUGAUGUAUGUGCCUUCCUUGCUUCGGAUGAUUCUCGUUACGUUACGGGUACAAGCCUGGAAGUGACAGGUGGACUUUUCAUGGGCUGAAGCAGAAGCUUGCUGAACAAUAUUUGUAUGCCUUAAGACACUGAUUUGCGUAACCAUGUGAAUUGAUGGUGGGUGGAUGUUUAUAAUUGCUCUGUUGCCCUCUUGUGGUGAAUGCCUGAAGCACAUGCUUAAUUCAUUAUAAACAUAUAUACAUUCAGCCACAUGUACAUAAUAUACACAUUGCACAUAAUGAACAUAAUGAACAUAAAGUACAUAAUAUGUAAGUAUAUAUAUAAUGGUUUAAGCAUGUGCUUCAGACAUUCACCACGAGGGGGCGACAGAGCAAUUCAAAACCCACGCCCAUCAUUAAUUUACUUGGUUACGCAGUCCAAGUGAAUCUUUGCCCCGCAGGCCAGUGCCAAAUUCAAGAUUUGGUCCGGUAUAGAACAUUUGUGGUCCAAUAAAGUGU